GAAACUGUUUUAAUAAUCUGUAGCAUCUUUAAAUUGAUGUCGCAAUUUUUUUUUUUCAACCGUCCAUGACUCAAAUUUUGUUCACUACAAAAAAGAUUGGAGAUCUUUAAAUAUUUGUCAUAGUUUAAAAUUACGAUAGAUACAGAUAGACAUUUCAUAUAAAGACCAGAAUGCCAUCUCAAGAAAUAGGGUUACCAAUCCCAAACAUCCCUCAUGCUGUCUCUGUCACUUUACCAACUUGGGAAGCCACUGUGGGGUAUGAAGAAGGAGAAGAUUGGGUAGUAAGUAAGAUGAUUACCGGAUAUCCAAGAUUUUUCAUUCAUGCUGUGAUUAAGACAUUAUCGCAAAAGAUCGAAUCCAAAUAUGGUAGAGAAGGCGAAAGAUGUAUGAUCUUCCCUUCUUAUAAAGUAGCCAAGAGAUGCAGAGAGUUUAUAAAAUCAAAGAGUGAUUUAGAAGGAUUAUUUGUUAGAGUUUUGCAAUUAAGUACUCCACCUCCUGCUGAUGAAGAAGAAAAAUCAACCAUUAUACAAUCCACUAUUGGAGUAGUGUUUUUCCCAGCUAGUCAAUUCCCAUUAGCUAAGAACUAUUGGCAACAUUCAGGUGAAGGUAUAAGUUCAAGAAUGGGUGAGUAUGUGUUAAAAGCAUUAUUUAAUAAUAUUGAUAGUACAAGAAGUCCUUCUCCACCUUCUAAUAAUCAAUUAGGGGCUACAAGACAAGAAGUUCAAGCUCAAAGGAUUCAACAGAAAUCACCAUCUAUUUCUGCAUCAUUCAGAUCAUCAAGUAUGGUUGCUCAUGAAGAAGUUGAAAAAGAAUUCAAUACAUUUAUUGAACAAAAAUAUGGUAGAGUUUUAGAUUUAAAAUUUGCUAAAGAAGCUAAGAUUGCAUUGAGAAGAAGAAUUUCAGGUAAAGUUGAUAAAUCUCAUAGUCAAAAGGAAGAAAUGGAAAAGGCUCGUAGAGGUAAGAAUGUUAGUGAAACUGAUGUUUAUUUAUUCCCUUCUGGUAUGGCAUCUAUUUUCUUUUCUCAUCAUGCAUUAUUAAAAAUUAGUACAGAAGGACCUAAGAAAUCCGUUUGUUUUGGAUUCCCAUAUGUUGAUACUCUUAAUAUUCUUAAAAAAUUCGGUCCUGGAGUUCAUUUCUUAGGAUUAGGGGAUGAUAAUUCAUUAGAUGAAUUAGAAGAAAAAUUAGAAAGUGGGGAAUUCAACAUUAUGGCAUUAUUCUGUGAAUGUCCAUCCAAUCCAUUAUUAAAGACUCCUGAUUUAAAACGUCUUAGAAGUCUUGCUGAUAAAUAUAGGUUUGCCAUUGUUAUAGAUGAAACUGUGGGUAACUUUUUAAAUAUUCAUGUCUUACCAUUUGCAGAUAUUGUGGCAUCUUCCUUAACUAAAGUAUUUUCAGGUGAUUCAAAUGUAAUGGCUGGUUCUAUUGUAUUAAAUCCUCUGUCUCCAUUAUAUCCAUCCCUUAAACAAUUCUUUGAUGAAGAAUAUGAAGAUUUAUUCUGGGCUGAAGAUGCAUUAUGGUUAGAAAGAAAUUCUCGAGAUUUUGCUGAGAGAGCUGCAAAAAUUGAUCAAACCUCAUUAAAAGUUGUAAAAUUAUUACAAGACAGUCCAUUGAUUUCUAAAGUAUAUCAUCCAUAUAUUGGAAGUACCAGACCUUAUUAUGAAGCUAUUAAGACUCCAAAUGGAGGAUAUGGUGGUUUAAUGUCAUUUCUUUUUCAUAAUCCGGAUCACGCAGUUCAUUUCUUUAAUGCAGUAAAUUUACAUAAGGGUCCUUCAUUAGGAACGAAUUUCACAUUAGCUUGUCCAUAUGCUAUAUUGGCACAUUAUCAAGAAUUAGAUGAAGUAGCUAAAUGGGAAGUUGAUCGUAAUUUAAUUAGAAUCAGUAUUGGGUUAGAAGAUCCAGAAGAAUUAUUAGAUGUUUUACAAAAAAGUUUAGACAUUGCCUCAUCAUCAUAAAUUUAUAAAUCUAAUAAAUAAAUAUAUAUAUAGACACUCUUUAACGGA